AUGGGACUCACCUUUCAUUUGUGGCCUAAUGUGCCUACUUUGAUUUAUGAGAACAUAGAAAAAUGCUUAACUCAGGCUUUUGAACCACUUGGUAUUAGCGAUUGGAACUUGUUAUUUUGGAUUACCCAUCUUGGUGGCCCUGCAAUUCUUGAUGCAGUUGAAGCAAAACUCAAUUUAGAGAAAAAGAAACUCGAAGCAACAAGGCACGUGUUAAGUGAGUACGGUAAUAUGUCUAGUGCAUGUGUGUUGUUUAUUUUGGAUGAGAUGAGAAAGAAAUCCCUAAAGGGGGAAAAGGGCACCACUGGUGCAGGAUUAGAUUGGGAAGUAUUAUUUGGUUUUGGAUCGGGCAUAACUAUUGAAAUUGUUGUGUUGCAUAGCAUUUUUACUGUUACAAAUUAA